AUGAAAAUUAUUGAUGGAAAUGAUCUGCAUGAUUCUUGUUCGAUAACCUUGAAUCCAGAUGGUUCAAUCAUUCGAAAUAUUAUACCAUCGCAUACUUGUCGAAGUUCAUCUUAUCAAUUCUGUUGUAAUCAAGAUCUUUGUAAUUCUCUUCCUUCACCUCCAUUACCAGCACUUACUGAUCUUACAUGUGCUAUUAGUAACUGUCGAACAAAUGAUAAUCAAUGCAACAAUUCAAAUGAUUCUGUUGUCUAUCGGAGCAGUGCUACUGAAUCAUGUAUAAGAAUACAUCGUAACAUUGUUUACAAGUCAUAUAAAAUGGGUUGUUCACCUAAAAGUACGACAAUUACAUCACUAACUAAUGAAUUGAUAUCUGAAGAUAUAUUUUGUUGUAAUUAUCCUCAAUGCAAUCAACAAAUUCUUCUUCCCGGUGAAGCUAUUCGUUGUUAUACAUGUGAUUCACGUAUAACUGGUUUGAAAGAUUGUAUGAUAUUGAAUACAUCUAGCUCACAUGUUUAUAAUUCCGCAUCAUCGAAUCCAUUUGAAUUAUGUGGUAUGAUUAUCGGUCUACCAGGGAAAGAUCUCAUUACUGGGCGUAAUUAUUCAGCUUUUACGAUACGUACUUUUAUUGAUAAUUGUACCAAUCAAUCAUUAGGUAAUGUAACAUAUGGUGGUGCUACUUUUCAAGGUCGUAUCGAUUGUUGUUCGACAUCUCUUUGUAACAUAAAUCCUUUGUAUAUUAAUGUAACAUUUUCAACAAUAAAACAAAAAUAUGUUUCAUCUAUUUCAAAAAUUGUUUUAUUUACUUUAAUUUCAUGUCUUGGAUUAAUUUUUAUUUUCAUUGGUAUUUCAUUAUCUAUUUAUCGAUUUCGUUUGAACAAACCACAUAAUCGUUAUAUUCCGGGAAUUUCUAGUGAUGGUACAACAGUAUUAUUUUUAUCAUCACGUUAA